UAAUAAGAAAAAAUUAAUAAAAAAAAAUAUAAUAAUAAUUUAUUGUCAAAAAUAUUAAAGUUUAUUUGUCAAAGUUAUGAGAUCGAGUUAAAUAAGAUCUAAUUUGUUUAAAUAAUUUAAUAAAAUUAAAUUUAAAAAUUUUUUAAUACAACUGUGAUAAAUUUUAAUAAAUUUUAAAAUUCCUAUUCAAUUUCAUACCAAAAAUAAAAAAAUUUUCUUUUUUUUUAGUUAAGAAAAUAAAAAAAAAAUUAUCUUUUCUUUGUUUUUACGGUAUGAUCGUUUCAUGUACAUAUAGAUCGUUGGUGUAAGAAAAGCUGAAAGAAAGAAAUAAAAGUUAAAUAUCAAGUAUAGCUACUGUAUACAUACAUAUAUACAAAGUGGUUUUUAAUGAAAUAUAAAUAUAGCAUAUAUGUGUAUAUAUAAACAUAUAUGUAUGUACUUCUGUACAUUAAUAUAAAUAUGUACAUCUAAAAUCUAAAAAUAAUAUUUAUAUUAAUGUCACAUCAAAUGCUUUUUAACUUUUUCGUAAAUAAAUUGUUAUAAAUUUCGUAAAGUUUUUUAAAUAUAAAAAAAAAAUAAAAUUUUAAUAUAAUAAAUCAACAAUAUGUACAUAAAAUACUAAAAUAAAAAUAUAAAUAUAAAGUGAUUUUAUUAUAUAAAUUAUUAUAUUAAAUAUUAACAAACUGUUAUAUACUAAAUGAAAACAAUUAAUUAAAUGAAAAAGAAUGGCUCAAAAUUUACUUAUACGCAAAGAAUUUCGUAAUAGCUCUAAAAAGACACGACGUUCAACAUCAGUUUUUUAUUUAGAUAGUACAACUUCUGAUAAAACACUUUUAAUUGAACAAGAAACCAGCAAUAAUGAUGAUAAUAUUUGCGAUUUAUUAAAAAAAAACAGUCUUACAGAAGCUAGUCAAUCAACAAAUAACAAUAAUAAUAAUGGUAGUGUUAAAAAUAUUUUUAGAAAAUCACAAUCACCUGAUGAUUCUUCUCUAUCAAAUUCAUCUGGUACAUCAAUGGUUUUAACAUCAUCUUCUUCAACUACUAGUAUAUUAAAUGAAUCAAAUUCAAGUUCAUCAUUUCAAUAUGAUUAUUCAGUUAAUAGUACGAUUGCAGGCGAUUUGGAUUCAAUAAAAAUACAUAAUACAAAUAUAAAAGAUAAAAAACCAAAAGUACCGGAAAGAAAACGUAGUAAAAAUAAUUCAUUAAAAUCACAAAAGAUAGCAGCACAACACCAGAAACUUAAAAAUGUUGAUAAUGUAAAAAAAAAUAAUAAUGAACUUCAAAGUACAAUAGUAUCACCAACCGAUAAUACUGAAAUUAUUAUAGAUGAUGUUUCAGAGACACCACAUAGUAAUUAUUGGAGUAAUGAAAUUCAUGUUGGUGUUACAAAAACUAAUUAUGUACAGAAAUUACGUUUAAAAUUUGAAAUGUUUUCAUCAGAAAAUACAUCUAACGAAACCGAAACAAUUGAAUCUAACAUCGAAAUUCCAUCAAAAAGUCCAAGUAAACCAAAUGGGAAAAUUUCAAAAAAUUUUUUUACCCCGAAACGUAAAACAUGUUAUAAUGGUUUUAAUAUACCAUCUUCAUGGACUUAUUUAAGUAGUAAUAAAAAUAAUACUAAUGAUAAAAAUAAUAAUAAUGAAAAAAAUGAUAGCAAUCAUAAUAAUUAUGAUGAUAAAUUAAAACUUUUAAGUGAUGAUUUACCAUCUGAAGAUGAAGUUGAUGAAAUUUCAGAUUGUGAAGAAAUUGUUGAAUUAAGAGAAACAUCCGGUUCAAAAAGGGAUAAUUUAAAAGAUGAUAAAAAAAAUAAUGAUAAAAAUAAAAAGAAUAAAUCAAAAAUAUUAACUAAAAGUAAACCGAUUGUUUCGAAAAGUCCAGAAUUAUCAUUAUUACAUAAAAAUAGUAUAGAAGUUGUUCCAAUGAUUGUUAUCGAUGAUUUUGGUCACAUUUCUACAAAGAAUGAUAAUGAGAUAGAUGAAGAUUUAAAAUUAGAUAAUAAUGAAAAUGUUAAAACUAAAGAUGGAAAACCAAUAAUUAAAAAACGUAAAGGAAUAAUGAGAUAUAAUAAUCGAAGAAAAACAGAUAUUUGUGAAGCAAAGAACCUCAAGUGUAUUCUAGCGAAAUCACAUUCGUAUCAUCCAGAAGAACCGUCCGGCAAUCUUUCAGACAGAGAUGUCAAAUCAGAUCAAUUCGUAAACAGAACAGAAAGUACUGAUCAAAUAUCGUCAGCAUUAUCAAAACAAAAUGAAAUACAAGAUGAAUUCAAAUAUGGUACAAAAGGUAUUUUACCUAUGGUUGAAGAAUUAAUUAAAACUGAAGAAAAAUAUGUUGAAAGUUUACGAGAAGGAAUAAAAAAUUAUGGUGGAAUUUUUACAAGAGAAGAUUUACCAGAUGGUCUGAAAGGCAAACGAUAUGAUUUAUUAGGAAAUAUAGAAGAAAUUUUAGAAUUUCAUGAAACAUUUAUUUUACCAAUGUUUAAGACCAAUUCAAAUGAUCUGGUUGCUAUGUUUAACGCUUUUACAAAUUUGAUUGAAGAAAACGAGUUUUAUCCAUAUGUUAUAUUUGUGAUAAAUAAAAGAAAUUCUAUAAGGCUGUUAGAAAAAUAUCAAGAUUAUUUUAAGGAAUUACAAACAGAAAUUGAAGAUAGAUUAGGAAUCAAUAGUUUUUUAAUUAAACCUAUACAACGAUUACAAAGAUAUCCUUUACCAUUGCAAGAAUUUUAUAAAACACAAUUUGGUGAUAUUAGUUAUAAGACAUCAAUUGCAGCAUGUUGUAAAUUAGAAAAAAGAUUACGAGAUUUUAUAACAGUUGUAAAUGAAUCAGAAGCAGUUAAUGAUAUUGAAGAUUGCUUUGAUCUUAAUAUUUACCAUCAAGGACGUUUUUUAAAGGCCGAUGAUUUUAAAAUAUAUGAUUAUAGUAUACGAAAAUUAUAUCCAGCUAAGGGUUUCUUUUUUGAAAAAUGUAUAAUAUAUACAGAAAUUAAAGAGAAACGUUUAUUAUAUCGUGGACAUUAUCCGAUGCAAAAACUUGGUUUUUUACCAAAUUCAAAACCAACAAAAUUUACUUUAUAUUAUGAUAAAAGAAAAAAACAAGAAUGUGAUUUUGAAGCAGAACCAUGUAUUAUAGAAUUGUGGAUAAAAUUAAUACAACCAAUACUUGAAGCAGUAUUAAAUGAAGAAGCAAAACGUGCUGAAGAAAAAAGAUUAUUACAAACACAUAAUAGCACAAGUAGCAGUGGAAGUGUUAUUUUUAGGCAAUUUAAUUGUGACGAUUUUCAAAGUGCAUAUAGAAUUAGUAAUGAUAGUGGUAUUGAAAGUAUGACACCUUGUCAAACAAUUCGACCAUUAUCUGAUAAUAGUAAUGAAGAAGGAAGAAUGUCAACAUGGUACGAUACAAUGUAAAAUUUAGGAAAUAUUUUUUUUUUUUUAAAAAAUAAUUAUAAAAAAUUGUUUUAAAUGCUUUUUAUGUAAUUAAUAUAGAAAAGAUUUUUAUUUAAAAUUAAAUUGUUAAUAUUA